CGUCCUCAAAUCCGAACACAGAGUAGCCAUUUGUUUACACUCGUCAGCUGAGAGACAAAGAGAACGUCGAGCUGAUUUUCCCUCAAAAAGAUCUGCCAUAGAUUCAUCAUGGCUGAUGUUACCUCUAUAGAGCACCCUACUCUCAAGGUACCGUAUGAUGUCCUGAACAAGAAGUUUCGCUUGGCACAGAAGACCCUGGAUAGAGAAGUGUGCCAUGUGACAACCGCAGUCUCAGAGCUUGAGAGGGUCCUCUUCACAGAUAACCGUAGUGCCUCGCAUAUCUCGUCUCUACUAGGGGGUGUAGUGGAAAAGUUGUCUUCCUUCAAGCGAAAGGCAGAAGAGGCAACACAGGAGGAGAUUGAGUGCGGACGUGUUGUCAAGCGACGCGUUGAUCAUGUGAAGGAACACGACUCUCUCAGUCCUUCUGUUGUGGCCGAGUGGAAGCGUACCAGAUUGGAUCGACUUUUAGUAGAGUACUUGCUUAGAGCAGGUUGCUACUCCACCGCCACUAAGUUGGCCAGCACACGAGGGAUUGAAGGGCUGACAAACCUGGAUGUGUUCCUAGUAGCCCGAGAAGUGGAGCAGUCCCUAGCUUGCCGUGACACAACCAAGUGCCUUGCCUGGUGCCACGAUAAUAAGAGUAAAUUGCGGAAAUUAAAUUCUUCUUUAGAAUUUAACGUCCGGAUGCAAGAGUUUAUCGAGUUGAUCAAGAGUGACCGCCGGAUGGAAGCAAUUCGGCAUGCAAGAAAGCACUUCACUGGACAGGAUCCAGCUCAUUUACCAUCUAUACAAAGGUGUAUGGCACUUAUUGCCUUCCCCUCCGGCACUGAUGUUAGCCCAUACAAAGAAUUGCUCUCAGAUGUACGGUGGGAUCAGCUGAUUGAACAGUUUAGAGCAGAGAAUCUCAAGUUGUACCAGCUUUCAUCACAGUCUGCCUUUUCUGUUGUACUUCAAUCUGGUCUUUCUGCACUGAAGACUCCACACUGCUACAGGGGCGCAACCGGUCACAACCCAGACUGUCCUGUGUGCCAGCGUUCUCUGAAUUCAUUGGCAGCUCCUCUUCCUUACGCCCACUGCUCACAGUCUCGACUUGUGUGUCACAUAAGCGGGGACCAGCUCAAUGAAAACAACCUGCCACUUAUGUUGCCAAAUGGAUAUGUUUAUGGGCAGAAGGCACUUCAACAAAUGGCAAACGAGAACAACGGAACGAUUGUCUGUCCACGAACACGACAAACUUACAAUAUUCGAGAUGCUGAGAAAGUGUUUGUGAUGUGAGCAUCUUUGAUCAGUUUAGGAUACGUUUGUAAGAUUAUAAAACAUCUAACACAUGUCAUAAAGUAUGCCAUACUGUUCUUAUUCUUAUCAUCAUUAUUCUUUUAUAAUACUGUAAUUGCUUUUUAAUGAAAUUUACACUGUUGUACAGUGUCUUUAGUUAUUACUUUUUUCUAUAAACCUAAAGAUAACAAAUGGAACUUGAUACAGAUUCUUUGUUAGGCUUGUUAUCAUUUAGGAAAGAUGAGAAAAAAAUGACGGUCUCUUUCUUCUGCCUUAGAUCUAUAAUUUAAGGAUUAAUUGAUUAAGUUGCAAGUAUUUUGUGUUGUUGAUCAAGCUACUUUGUUUUUAGGAGCUGGAUCAUUGCAUGCUGUUCAUCUUUUUUUAUGUAAGAGUAAGUCUAUCAGGGAUAUAAGAUAUGAGAUUAUCUGGAAACCAAGUUGCAGCCAUGACAGGGAUAUUUUUUUUUCUUUCUUUUUUUCCUUAUCUUUGUUAGCAUUGUUUAAAGGACUUUUCAUUAUUUUUAUUUUUUUUAUUUUUUGGAAUCUGAUCUAAUCAUUUACGCUUUUAUUAUUUAUUUAAUCGAGAGAAUGUUCUGUUAAGUUGCCACAGUUUAGUCCUUAUGUUGUUGAGCCAGAGGGGUUUAUGGAUAUGCUGCUCACUCACUGGCUGCAUUUAUGAUAUGCAGUCCAUUGAAAAAAAAGAAACAAAGAGAAAGGCAAAAAAUAAAAUAUUUGAAAGGUCAGGAUAUCCAAAGCUAUCCAUAGCUGAAUGACUAGUCAGUGAAGGGUUUUCAUUAAUUUGUAUGAUUGAACCAUUUCAUGGGGAACAGAUUAUUGUGUUGAAAUGGUCCACUCCAAAGAAAAGACAUGAAAAAAAGCUUAUAAUAUAGGGCAGUAGAUGUCACAGAUCAGUAUAUAUCAACUUGUUCUGUGCAUAGUAAAAAAAAUAUAUAUUAAUGCUCAGGAAUAUACGGACUGUCAAAGACCUAAUAAUGUAAGUAAACAUGUAUAUAAAUGUGGUUAUAUGUGAAGAAAAAGAUAAUGACAGUAGUAUAUCAUUGUAGGGUAAUCUUAGGCAGUGUAGGGUAAGGCAAGGUAAAGAAAAUCAGGGAACAAUAAAGAGAAUGAUAAAGGAGAGAGAUAAGAGAGCAGAUAAUAAUUGUCUGUCUUAUUGUUUAUUCAUGGCAUGUGGACUUGUUUGGUCUUAAACUCAGUAGACAACUCUUUCACAAGAGGCACAAAAUGCAGAUUAGGUUCAACUUUGUCUUCCAGUGCCAUGUAUUUUUAUGAUUUUUUUUUUUUUUCUUUUUUUUCUUUUUAAUACCUUCAUUAUCUUUAAGAGUGUUUAAGGAUUGUUAGUAAUCCCCUCUGGCCUAAUGUUUUAUGUGUAUUUUUCUUUCAGUCGGAAUUUAAGAUAUUUUUGUAUUUUAAUCAAAUGUUUGUAUAUUUUUAUAUAUAUAUAAAGUAUUUGAAUACUGUGUUAAGAAAACUAGAAUAUCGAAGAUUUUUUUUUUUUUUUUAUUUGGAAUAUACGUUAUUAUUUGGUAGAAUGUGCUUUUUAUUGUCAUUUUUACAGGCUUGUUAUUUUAAAAAAUUCUUUACUAAUGCAUUCUUUAGGACAUAUAAUACAUUCUGAGAAUUUUUAAUCUAUAUAUAUUUUUUAUUCAUAUGCUCGUGUGUAUACAUAUUUUUAUGCCAUUCAGACAAAGAGCAUAUUUCUUUUUCUUUUUACUCAGAGAAACUAAAUGUUUUCAUGUUUUAUCAUAUUCUAAAGUCAAUUUCUCUCCAGAUCAACUUCUCUUUUUGAAGUGACAGUAAAAAGUGAUACAGGAAAAAGAAAUGGAACAAUUUUCUUUGUUUAUUAUUCCGACAUCGAUACGCUUCUUUCUUAUUACACAAACGGGAAAUUGUGUUAGAAACAAAUGGCAACUGAUUGUGACUGGUUAGGUAAUUUUCAUGAAGUAUGGAUGAAUACGAAAUAAAGACAGUUAAGUUUA